AUGUGUAUGCUUGAUGUUGAGCACCAGUGCCGGAUGGAUAUCCGGGCUUGUAGGACGUCUGCACAUUUUCACUGCAUUGAGUGCAAUGUUACCAUCAUAAGAAAGGACCAGUUUAAACUACAUAUCAGCAGUCACCAAUCACCAGACUUUGCACCAGCCACCACCACACAGUGUCCACCGUCAGCACCAGCCACCACCACACAGUGUCCACCGCCAGCACCAGCCACCACCACACAGUGUCCACCGCUAGCACCAGCCACCACCACACAGUGUCCACCAUCAGCACCAGCCACCACCAAGCAGUGUCCUGCCUCUGCUGAUGCCUCCGUAGUGCCACCGCCUCCACCACUCAUUUGCAAGAAUAGAGAAUCAGUGGUGUGUCCACACUGUGCUCAAAUUUUAAACAGAAGAAAUUUGCGAGUACAUCUCCAGAGACGCCACACACCAAUAAAACCGGACAUCACCGCCCAACACCACCUGAACUGCCAAUGCAUCGACUUUGAUAAUGGUGUAUUUGCAGCUGUAAAAUCAUUUGCCACCCCCAGCACACCAGUACAUGUCAUCAAGAGUACUUGGGGGCAAAACCAGAAAACCCAGUGUGAGAUGGACAUCUGCAAGAUAAAUAUGGACUGUGCAGAGCGCUCCAAUUUGAGAACAUUUGAAUGUCCUCACAUUCAAUCCCUCUCAUACUGCCCUCCGGCAGCGCAAAUUCAUUCUGCUCUAUCAGAGGAAGUUCUGCAGCAGAUGGUGGAAGAGAAGUGGUUUGGGCAGGACAAGAAAGACAGGUGUCUGGCACAGCAGAGGGCUGCCGUGGAGGCUGGGACUCCACUCUCCUGUGUAGUUAGCGUCUCCGGUCCUCCUUCUAAGAAAUAUUUGUCUGUUUUUGAGCCAACAGUGGCAUACUACAGCAGGCUUGGUCGGGUCAUGGUCAGCUUUGAUACUAACAAAAUAACUUGGCACUGUCCAUGCGCGAAGCCCCGUCAGUCCUGCAUCCAUAAGUAUGUUGCCAAGUGGCAUUUAUUUCAGACAGAUCAGGGACUUUUUAGGAAAACUUGAGGCAGAC